UCUCACAAAUGUUUGCGUGGUCUUUUGAUUACCGCCGUCGAUUUGUUGUUUUUUUUUGUUUGGAAUAUUUCUUGUCGUUUAGAAUUUAAUUCAUCAUUAUUAUUAUAAUAAUAAUUUACAAAAAAUUAUGUUAUAGCAUUUAUUAUCUGAAUCAAUCAAUCGAUGGUAGUGGUGGUGAAUAUUGAUAUCGUUUAAAUUAUAUUUUUAUUUGAUAAAACUCAACAUAGUCAUCGUAGUUUCUUUUUGAUUUGUGGAUCUUCUCAAACAAAAUAACAACAACAACAAAAAGAAUAAUUGAACAAUGAAUUUAGAACAUGAUGAUGGCCAUCAUGACGGAGGUCAUCAUAUGAAUGAUGAUGGUCCACAUAUUUAUCAUGGAAUCGAUAUAACCAAAGUGAACAUUAGUUCAUUACCGAAAAGUCAACAAGAACAUUUACUUAUGCAUGAAAAACAUCGGGGCCAUGAAUCAAUGCAUGCUAUCAUGUUACUGAUAUUGAUUGUAGCAAUGUUUAUUGCACAGAUCAUACUCAUCUAUUGGCGUAAAAAACAUUUUAAAUCAUAUCAAAAUGUUUCAAUGUUUGGAAUGUGGAUCAUACCAAUAUUUGUAUCAGCCUAUCAUCAUUAUUGGCGUUUCGUUAUCGUUUGGUUAUUCAUUUCAAUGAUGACAAUGUUAUUAAUAUUUCGACCAUUAUUCUAUAAGAAUCUAAACUCUAAUGGUUCAUCCAUUCCACGACAAGUAUAUCGUUGGUUCUUUUAUUUAUAUUCAAUAUCAUCAGUGAUUGCUGUUACUGGCUAUACGAUUAUAAUGUUAACAUUAUUGGGUGUCAAUAUUUUGUUGGGCAUAAAACCAAUGUAUACAUUAGAUAUUGGAAUAUUAUUAUUAUUCUAUGGUAUCUAUUAUGGUGUCCUAACAAGAGAUUUUACCGAUUUUCUUGUCGAUAUAUUAGCUGCAAAUAUUGGCUAUUAUUCACCAUCAUCAUCAUUGCCUAGUAAACAAUUAAAUUCAAAAACAUGUGCAAUAUGUGGCCGUCCACAUGGUGGUAUACAUCGUACAUCAAUGUCAAUCAAUAGUCAUCAUCAUGAUACAGAUCUUCGAUCAAGUCUGUUGGCACACGAUAUGGAUCCUUCUUUAUCCGAUCUAAAUAAUAUUAACUGUUUCAAUGGUAGUAAUAACAAUAAUUCAACAAUUGAUCCAUCAUUACAGGAAAAAACAUAUACAUUAACAUGUGGCCAUACAUACCAUCAAUAUUGUAUAUUUGGUUGGUGCUUAGUUGGUAAAAAACAACUAUGUCCAUUCUGUCGUGAAAAAGUUGAUCUCAACAAAUUAUUCUCAUCAUUACCAUUUCAGAAACCACAUUAUCUUUAUGGAAAUCUAUUGGAUUUCAUACGUUAUCUGAUUGCAUGGCAGCCACUUAUAUUGUUUGCCGUACAAGGUGUUAAUUAUGUUUUUGGUCUUGAAUAAUUAUAUAAUAAUAUAAUAUAUUUUAUAAACAGCAAAAUAUGUUCUGAUUAUUAACAACACAAACACAUACAUAUUUAAAACGAGACAAUUAUAUUUUGCCUAUAUGAAUUUAAAAUUAUACAAAAUCAUUAUUUUGAUUUGAA